AUGGGAGGAUAUGCGUUGGGUUCAGCAUUUGAUUUGAAGUCCGGGCAAAUGAUAAUGGUUGCUCUUUUAUUAAUGGUUGGAUCAUUCUACCUAGGCACUAUCUUUGGUAAAAAUGCUCCCAUCUACAUUUCUCAAACCUCCUCCAACUCUUCUUCAUUACUCGGUACUACCACCUUUACAAACAAAGUUGCUCUGGCGUACCAGAAAACACCACUUGUGAUCCCAGAACGUGGAAUGAAUGUAUGUCCUUUAAUGUUCAACGAGUAUAUCCCUUGCCAUGAUCCUUCUUACGUGAAUAAAUUGCUUCCUAGCUUGAAUCUUUCCAGAAGAGAAGAACUAGAGAGACACUGCCCCCCACCUGAAAGGCGUCUGUUCUGCUUGGUGCCACCACCCAAAGAUUAUAAAAUUCCAUUAAGAUGGCCAACUAGCAGGGAUUACGUGUGGCGAAGUAAUGUGAAUCAUACACGUCUUGCUGAAGUUAAAGGGGGACAAAAUUGGGUGCAUGAGAAAAACCAAUUAUGGUGGUUCCCAGGUGGUGGUACUCAUUUCAAGCGUGGGGCACCUGAGUACAUUCAAAGGUUAGGAAAUAUGACAACUGGUGAAACGGGUGAUCUGCGUUCGAUAGGGGUAUUUCAAGUUCUUGACGUUGGUUGUGGAGUUGCCAGCUUCUCUGCUUUUCUUCUUUCCUUGGAUAUACAAACAAUGUCCUUUGCUCCCAAAGAUGGCCAUGAAAAUCAAAUUCAGUUUGCUUUGGAGAGAGGUAUUGGUGCAAUGAUUGCUGCCAUAGCAACUAAACAGCUACCUUACCCUGCUAGCUCUUUUGAGAUGGUUCACUGUUCAAGAUGUCGUGUUGAUUGGCAUGCAAAUGACGGAAUUUUACUCAAAGAAGUCAACCGUCUUCUGCGACCUAAUGGAUAUUUUGUCUAUUCGGCUCCACCUGCUUAUAGGAAGGAUAAAGAUUAUCCAUUGAUUUGGGAUAAGUUGGUAAACAUAACUACAGCAAUGUGCUGGAAACUAAUUGCUCGAAAUGUACAGACAGCUAUCUGGAUUAAAGAAGAAAAUCAAGAAUGCCUCCAGCACAAUGAAGAUCUGAAGCUGAUAAAAAUAUGUGAUGCUGUUGAUGAGUCUAAACCAUCAUGGAAUACUCCUCUUGAAAACUGUAUACAAAUAAGAAGUGGGAUAUCAAAUUCUCUGAAACUCCCUCCUAGACCACAGCGUCUCUCUGUAUAUUCCAAGAGUCUCAGCAGAAUAGGUUUGCACAUUAAAAACAUUUCAAGGAUUUAGUUUUUAUUUGUUUAUUAUAACUUUUGGCUCUUUUUUGUGCUGAUUAUGCCUAAUUAAUAGAAUCCUCUUGAAGUUGGCAUGUUCUAUAGGCCUUUAGUUUUCAGAUGGAAUGUCAUGCAAAUUUGUUGAGCCACU